AUGUCUAUCCCAAAGUCAAACGGAAGUCUUGUCGUUACCCAACUUAGAUCGCCCAUCAACCCACCGACCUUAAUCGAAUACAAAAAUUACCGAUUCUUAAUUGCCGAUGCUCCAUCGAAUAAUAACUUGCAACUUUAUAUUCAGGAAUUCGAAAAGUAUAACGUUACCGAUGUUGUUCGCGUUUGUGAUCCGACUUAUAAUUCCGCGCCUCUCGAGCAACGCGGAAUAAAAAUCCAUGAUUGGGUAUUUGGAGAUGGUGAAGCGCCACCAUCCAAUAUUGUACAUGAUUGGCUUGAACUGGUAGAAAAGCGAUUUGGAAGAGAGGUGGAUGACAAGAGACCUACGAUUGCUUGCCACUGUGUAGCUGGGCUUGGCCGGGCCCCCGUUUUAGUUGCCAUUGCUCUGAUCGAAUCUGGUAUGUCACCUCUUGAUAGUGUCGUGUUUAUCCGAGAACGACGUCGAGGAGCAAUUAAUAAUAAGCAACUUAAGUACAUUGAAGGAUUAUAUCGUGGUAGAGAGGAAUUACCUAUCCUGUUGCGCUGGAGACAUCCUUGGGAAGGUCACGGACACCAUCACCCAGGAGGCGAACAUAGCGAAUCUCAUGCCACUGAAGCACAGCAUUAA